UAUUUUGACAAUGUUAGUAUGUAUGGACUGUACAGAACAAGAAUUGAAAUAAUUGCAGAGUAAUGGGAUGAAUAUAAAUGAUUUCAUGAAAAGGAAAAUAGAAAAUAAAGUUUUUAUUUCGUAAGAGAUGUAAAUUUCAAUCCGGUGUAAGCGCGUAGUAAAAAGCAUUAUCCAUGAAGCGCACCUGCUCCUGCGAGAGGCCACUGUCUGCGAAUAGAGUAUAGCAGAAGCGUCAAAAUGAUAGGAGAGGGCAUGGGGAUCGGAUCGUGAGCUACGCAGGAGAUGUCGACAAGAUGACAGCGGCCGUAUGACGCCCGUUUCGUUGAUUCUUGGCUGAAAGUUGCGCGUUGUAACAAGGAAGGAAAAUCGUUCGCGGCUAAAACUAAUGACUUAUGCCUCGUUACGGUGACACGUUUAUUUCAGUUGAAUCUCUGCCUCGAAACGAGAUCGUAAUCAGACGUAUUCGGGUGAGAACCGCGAUCGCCGCGCCCGUGCAAUGUACACAGCGGCCUGAAUCCUGCUUGAAAUCAUCACCAUCCCCGAGGAGUAUUUCCUUUCAACGUCGUGGAGUGGAGUAAUGAGCGUUUUCGGGGAUUUUCAGCGUGUCUGGGUACAAAGAUUCCCGGACAGCGCCUUGCCGGCGGCUUGGGAGGAAGACGUCAGGGCCAACCUAGUCAAGCAUAAACAGAAGGUAACAGCUUUGAGAGAAGAACUUGAAAAAGAAGAAUUCUAUGUGGAAUAUUUGGAAAGAUUAUUAGCCGAUGUUGAACGUCACAAGCAAUUGGCGAAUAGUAACAUUGCAACCACGCCUGAAAAGCAGCAACGUUCAGAAUCUCACAAUCAACACAGUUGCCAAUCGGAUAAUAAUUUGUCUGAUUCUACAAACUUAUCUCAUGUUCAACACGUGGAACCAUCAGCUCCGCCUCUUCCUGUCCGCGAGGAUAUAAGUAAAUUUCAAGACAAGUGUGUUUCUGAGCUGAGUUCUACUCUUAGUACAAGCAAAAGACCCAAAAGUGAAAUACCAAAAAGUCCUGAUAAAGUGCCUGAACUUAGAAGAAACAGUGACCCAGAUGUGCCAAGUAAUUAUGUCACUGUGAUUGAAGUAACGGGAAGUUCAAAGAAAGAUAAAAAUGAAGAAUCCCUCAAAGAAGAGGAUGAGAAAGAUUUGGAGAAUGCGAUUAAUGAAGAUGGAGAAGAUGGUGAUGCAGAAGCAUCCGAGGAGGAACCUUAUUAUGAUUCUGUAGCUUUAGAUCAAACAGGAGAAUAUGUAUAUAUUGAUGCACGUGUACCACCUGUUGGAAAUAAUAAUGGCAGCAGGGUACCACCAAGGAGACCACCUUCCCUUCCAGAUUCACCAGGGAAUCAGAGCAACUAUGUCAACAUCGACUAUUUUAUACAACAUCGGGCAGCAAUGGACAGCGAGGACGAAGAAGGGGCUAGCCCUGCGCCAACGAUUUUACUACGCGCGCUUAGUACCGAUAACGAAACCGGUAGUAGCGAUGCAGAACCUUUAAGUUUAAGCGAAGGUAGUUUAGAAUCGCCGACGCCAACUACACCACGCCGACAAGAGAAAAGUAAAGACCGUGAGGAUGAUAGAACGUCUAUGAUUAAAUGUAUUGUAAACUCGGUAGUAGAAAGUGAGACUAUAUAUGUUGAAUGUUUAAACGUAAUGUUACAAUACAUGAAAGCUAUCAGAGCUACAUUAACGACGUCGCAACCCGUUAUUUCGGAAGAUGAAUUUGGCACAAUGUUUUACAAAAUUCCAGAAUUGCAUGCGUUACAUCAAACAUUUUUGGAUGGUCUUAGGAGGAAACUGGAAAAGUGGGAUGGCAAGACCAACAUAGGAGAGCAGUUCAAAGUAAUGGCCAGCAAUAUAGGAUUAUACGGAGCCUUUUUGCAUAAUUAUGCACGCGCUACCGAUACUGUGCGAAGGUGUUCAGCACAUUCUACUCAGUUCGGCGAAAUUACAAGGGAUAUAAGACUUAGAGGAUUUCCCAAAGGCCCAGGUUUAUCUCUUGAAGAUCUUCUACAUAAACCAGUAGCUCGAGUUCAAAAAAACGCCUUAGUAUUGCAUGAUCUUCUUAAGCACACACCAGUGAAUCAUGCAGAUCAUGCACCACUAUCAGAAGCUCUUGCUAUGACUAGAAAUUUCCUAGACGAAUUCAAUAUUAUCCAAACGAAAUCAAUGUUUCCGAGUCAUGAUAGAGCGCAACGAAGAUUAGUGAAAAAUUCAUUUGUAGUGGAAUUAUCUGAUGGUCAUAGAAAGUUGAGACAUCUUUUUCUAUUUAAUGACGUAAUUGCCUGCGCAAAAUAUAAAGCUUCUGGUAGAGACAAAUUUACAUUCGAAUUAAAAUGGUAUGUACCGGUUGCGGAAGCGGUAGUGACAGAGGAUGGUGUUGAACCACGAGAGACUAGUCCAGCUAAUGUUGUAGCUUUGAGAUCACAAGCAUGCACUGUACGCGAUCAAAUUUUAUGGGAAGAGCGAAACGAUGAGAAACGAAUUCGUCUUGGUAGUAGAGGUUCCGAAAAGAACAGGAAGAAACUUGCCGAGCUCGAAGCUCAGCUAGUAUUAGCAUCUCCAAAUUUAGUAUUACGCGUUGCACAUAAAAGUCAGCAUCGAGUACAAAAUUCGUACACGUUCUUUUUAUCCAGUGAAUUUGAACGUUCUCAAUGGGUUGAAGCGGUGGAGGCAUUGCAACAGGUAAUGCGUUCCCAUAUGUACCUAGAUAAGUCAAAGGGCGGUCAACCACCUGGACCACUACCUUUAUCAAUGUACGAAUUACAAGCUUGGGUUACAGCAUGUCGUACUUAUCUUCAAACAGAUAUGGGUAGCUAUUUAUUAAGAUCAGGGCGUGACGAAAGUUUGUUAUUAGGUGAUCUCCACUUGACUCUACUUGGUUUAACACCGCCAGGUUUAGACAGAGUUGGAGAUCUUUAUAUUAUUGUAGAGGUUGAUAGUUACGGACACUAUUUCAAACGAGCAAGAAGUCGAGUUGCCAGGGGUCAGGCUCCAACAUGGGGGGAAACAUUUGUUGUUGAACUUGAGGGAAGUCAAAAUGUUCGAAUUUUAUUAUACGAGGAAUGUGGAACGCGUUCCGUAUUGAGAGGUAAAUGUAUACAAAGAUUGAGCAGAUCGUGGCUCCAGUCGGAUCAAGUAGAGAGAUCAUUAAAUCUAGGACCAGCUACUUUAGACGUGGCUCUUCGUUUCGUUCCCAGUGAAGUAACAUUAAGACGGGUACCAUCAGCUAAACCUCAAGGUUUAUUUGGAGCUAAGAUUCAACAAGUGUGCAAGCGUGAGAAACGUGACGUUCCUUUCAUUAUAACAGCGUGUGUCAGGGAAGUAGAGAGGAGAGGAGUUGGAGAAGUGGGUUUAUAUCGUGUUUCCGGCUCGGCUUCUGACUUGACGAAGUUGCGCAAAUCGUUUGAAAGCAAUUCGUACGAAGCAGAACAAUUACUUAAAGAGGUUGACGUUCAUUCCGUAACAGGUGUCCUCAAGUUGUAUCUUCGAGAAAUGCCUGAAGCUCUCUUCACCGAUGCUCUUUAUCCUGCAUUCUUAGAAGCUUUCCAAACAGGCGAGUUAUCAAAAGGUGCUGCAUUGCGAAGAGUCUACGAAAGUUUGCCAGCCGUAAACAAAGCGGUUAUUGACUUUCUGCUUACUCACUUGAUACGAGUUAACAAACACGAGGCUCAGAAUAAAAUGUCGUUGCACAAUUUAGCGACAGUGUUCGGACCGACGCUGCUACGUCCUGGAACGAAUUCGCGAUCCGACGCGAAGAGUCGGGAUCCGUUAGCCGCGGGUACCGUGGAUGUGAUGGCACAAGCCGGUAUACUUUACUGUUUCUUGCAGAUGCAUAUGCAACAAAACAAUCAGUCACUCUAGUCGAGAGGUUAUUGUUGAUACAUCGUAGCGUUAGUUGCUUUUCAUGGGUUUGGUAUUAAACUCACAGCAACUCACGCUGGGACUGUAAAAUUAACGAUUUUUUAUAAUAUAUUUUAUUAGUUUUCCGACGUAUCGUUUAUACAACGCUGAUUUAGACGCAUAAGUAGAACGCAGGCUUUGACGAAACUAUGAUCGACGAAAUUCCUUUUAUAUUUGGUAUGCAUACGAACUAACGUAGCAAAAGUGGACUCGAAGUACACGUAUCGUUCAAACUUCGAGCUCCUUAAUAUAUAUUUUAUAUUUAUAUUCCCAUGAAGUCCUAGCUACGAUCUUGGAAAAAUUUUCACAAAAGCAUGCGUUGAAAAAAAAAGAUUUCUCCCAUGAAAAAGAGAGAGAGAGAAAGACAUGAACAAAGGAAGUUUGGUCGUUAACGCAUCCACGCUUUAGAAAAGAAAUAUUUUUUCCAAUGGGGGCGUGUUCCUAGCAGAGUAUCUAAAUUUUUUUACACGAUAACGUAACAUACCCAUUGUAUGUCCAUGAAGAAUGCCCACGUAUUCGAAAGAAUCACGUUCCUAAAUAUUUCAGGAAGCACGUUCCUUAACAAUGUGCGAAACGAUGCUUUACUAAUAAUAUCAAAUAUAUUAGCUAUACUCCAUUUGCUACUCAAUAUUGUAUGGUUUUUAAGGAGGUCACGUUUAUUCGCCAAUUAUAAACUAUUCUAUUCUUUAUAUGAAUACUUUGAUGGAAAUGCUCUCGAAUUUUUGUAACGAAUAUCGCGGAGUAAAUAAGCAAGACCAAGUUUUUGAUUUUUAAGCUGUGAUUAGACUUGCGUUCGCUUUCAUUUUAAUAAUUAAAAGUAUCUUCAGUAAUUGAAAUACUUAUUUUUAAAAUCAACGUACAAUUUGCAUGUAUAAAUAUUUCAUUUUAUAAUUAAAAGUGCAUUGGAAAUUUUAAACAAAAUUAUUUUACCUAAAAAGAAAAAGGUAAUUAAGUGAAUCACUGUUUUAUUACACAUUCCCCCUAUUACCAUUUAGGUAAACAUUUAUUAUAUUUUCUACUUUAGUCCCUCAAUAAUUUUCUUGAAGUCUAAAUACAGCUUAAUAAAGCACCAAAGAGAAUGAUUCUCUCUCAUACCUUCAAUAGUUGACCCUUUGAAGCAUUUUAUUUUAUAAUCAUUAUCAGUGUCUAAAUAUCUAUACUGUAUUGCAAUAUUACUGUAUUUUUCUAUUAUUAUACUGUAUAACGAGUUUGUAUUCAUCGUAUGUUUAACAGGAUCGCUUUCUAUGAAUCGGUAUUGUGCUCUACACUCGUACGCUUCAAAGGGUUGAGAUAAUAAAAAGCACGUUUGGCAGUACAAAUUUAAUACUCGAUAGAAUUCUGCAUUAUAUGCUAGGACGUUUGUAAUCAAGAUUAAAAGACAAGCCUGACGAGUGUUCGAUAAAGGAACAAAAAGAAAAAAAAAAAGAAAUCGUUCAUGAAUAUUGAAAAUUAGGGAAAAUACAAAAUCACGCUAAGGUACUUCCUCGGAAGUGAUCUUCGUGCAUUAAACGAAGGCAACUAUCGUAUGCGUGGUGUUUCAGCGUGCGCGUGUGAAUGUGUAUGUGUGUAUUUGUAACCAGCUCAUGUGUAUUAUAUCGUAAAUAUUGGAUAACUUUAAUUUUUAUAUCGCAUUUAGCGUUAAGACGCGUUCCUCUUUUGUACAUUUGUGAAACGUGUAAAGACAAAGUUUCCGCUAUUGCGAUUAAUAUUAUUACUAGCAUAACUAUUAUUAUUUUUAUUAUUCUGUAUUACACAGUUAACGAUUUUCAUAGAGCAAGUAUUUGUUAACAGAUGUUCGACUAAACAUAGCUUACACGCAGCAAGACGAUGUACUGCCAAAAAAAAAAAAA